AUGGCCGUUUCCGCAUAUGUAUAUAAUGUUUCAAUGAUUGAGUUGAUUGGAAAAGUUCGAAACUCGUCAUUUACUUGGAAAAUGUCGCAGUGCAGCAUUGAUCAACUGCAUAACAACUUGAAGUUGGGACAUCUGCAGUGUUUACUGAAUAAACCACGUCAGGAAUCUUCGUUGCAACUUUGUGGGAAUGGUGUGGUUGACAAAGGUGAGGAGUGUGACUGCGGGUCUCGUGAGUCGUGUAUGGACGAAUGCUGCGACCCACUAACUUGCACACUUCGGUCUGAAGCGCAAUGUGCUUCACACCAAAUUUGUUGUAAGCAAUGUAAGGUCUUAUCUAAAGGUUACAUAUGCAGAGCGAAACGUUCAUCGUGUGAUGUAGAAGAAAAAUGUGAUGGUGAGAAAGGCGAUUGCCCACCUGACGGGUACUUAGUUGAUGGAACACACUGCGGGAUAAACGGACAAUGUUGGAAGGGCAAUUGCUCAGACAAUGAAAGCCGAUGCAAGGCUCUUUGGGGGAGUAAUGCCUCUGUUGCCGAAGACCGAUGUUUUGAAAGAAAUGAGAUGGGUAUAGAAGACGGGAACUGUGGCGUUGAGGCAGACAACAGAUUUAGAAAAUGCUCUCCCGAAGACGCACGUUGUGGUUUACUGCACUGCCAAGGCGGCUCUUCUGCUCCCUUGCAAAAAAACUUUGAUUCGUAUACAGCCCAGUUUCAUUACGAUGGACGGACCGUCAAUCAGAGUAUGGUUGGUAUGGUAGCAGACGGUUCCAGUUGCGGAAUGCGUAAGGUAUGCUUUGAAGGUAGAUGCUUAUUGCUCGAUGACGUAUCUCAACCAGUUCUUUGUCCGACGACUAAUGUGGCCCUUCCUUGUUCUGGUCAUGGGAGGAUUCUGUCUCAGUGGAACUCAACACUAGAAUUUUCGACUCCGGAAUUGUUACUGGAGAUGUGUUCAGAAGUCUCAAACUGUCAAAAAACUACGGCUGCAAGUCAAGUGUUUUCAGCAGUGACAAGUGUAAUUACCGAUACUCAUUUUCCAUCGUUAUGCGAAAAGGCAGGUUUCUUAUUUGUCAUGUGCAUAUACGUUCAGCAUUGUACGACGUCUCUUACCUGCAUAUGUUUCACUGGCUGGGGUGGGACAGCAUGCAAUAUACGUUUAAGUACUCCGGCUAAUGUACUUUCUACAACAACGACUGUCGAUGAAGAAUUUGUUCCACCUUUGGCAGCUGGUAGAACGCUGAAUACAACUACAUUAUUGGCAAUCCUAUUGUUUGUUGGCAUUGUGCUUCUUAUGUUGCGUCGGAGCGGGAACGAACUGCUCGAUGGACCGCUAGAUGAAAAAAUGAAUGAGAGCAUACCAGAAAAUGCUGAUCGGAUAAUAAAAUUUGGAAAUAUGCCUAGUUAUCGGGAAGAGAAACGGAAAAGAAAAAAGAAUAAACGAGUAUAUGAUGCUCUUCACAGAAUUAAUGAAGCAAGCGAUGAAAGGGAUUCAGUAUCGUUAAAGUCAAGAGAAUCUGGUGGGAAAGGCAGCGCUGUUGGCAGUACAAAUGGGUCGGCAGUAGGAUGUCCUGAACCAGUGGUUGGGUUCGGGGUGGAAGACAAUCGGGUUUUUAACCGGAUAGUGAAUGGUUCUACUUCUUCAAUUUUGAAAAAUGGGAAUGCAAACAGACGUUUAUUAAAUGAAGGUGAAAUCUAUAGUAGAUCGCCUUGUUCUGAGAUCCUUGGUUCUCCUUCUCGGUACACGGCAGUGGGUCGAAAUGGGGUACGAUAUGAUAAGAACCGAAGUGGUUAUGCAACGGAUACAGAAUUAGGUGCUAGUCCAUAUGCCCCUCAUUAUGUGGAAACUCUUUCAAUGACUCGUGUUGACAUCAGCCCGACACUAUCAGAUGGUUCAGUAACUCGCUUAGCACCUACUCCCUUAAAGCUCAACAACAUUGGAAUGUUGUUGAAGCAGUUACGUUACAAUGACACUAUGGCUAGUGAAGCAGAGUUAAGUACAGUCGAAGCUGACAACCUAGACCACAUAGAGCCUGAUCCUAAUAUCGAAACGAGUCGUGGGUUCGAAGUUCGCGAACCAGUGAAACUUAGAAAAAACGAGUCUUGGUCAGAAGGUGAGAAGCCAAAAGACAGCGAUUACCGCAGUGAGUCACGCAUUAAGCAGUUACCUCUCAAGAGCAUCCAAGCGGGAGAAGUUGAACAAAAUCCUUCUUUGUUUAGUGAUUCUUUUAGGUUAGAAUUAUAA